AUGAAUUGCCUUCAUACUCUUCCAAGAUCUUCUGCUUUGCCUUUACAAGGCUUCACGAGCCCUUUUGGAAAGCCUUCGUCCUCCGUUAGCCUCCCGACUGUGCUGAAUCUGAACGUUUCCAUAUUGAGCCAAAAUACCGUUUUGAAGGCAAUAUCUAGUUCCACUCCAAGUUCUGAGAUGGAUGGUGCUAAAGCGGAGGAUGAAAAGUCUGAAGAAUACAGCCAGAAUAUGACUGAGGCUAUGGGUGCUGUUUUGACUUAUAGGCAUGAACUUGGAAUGAACUAUAACUUCAUUCGUCCAGACUUGAUUGUGGGUUCAUGUCUACAGUCUCCUGAAGACGUUGACAAACUUCGUGCUAUUGGGGUGAAAACUAUUUUUUGUUUGCAGCAAGAUCCUGAUCUUGAAUAUUUUGAUGUUGAUAUUAAAGCAAUUCGUGAAUAUGCCAGACAGUGUGGUGACAUUCAGCACUUGCGAGCCCCAAUAAGGGAUUUUGAUGGGUUUGAUCUGCGAAAGCGACUUCCAGCAGUAGUGGGCAUAUUACACAAAGCCAUUAAUAGCAAUGGUGGGGUGACUUACAUUCAUUGCACUGCUGGUCUUGGAAGAGCUCCAGCGUGUGCGCUCGCUUACAUGUUCUGGAUUCAAGGCUAUAAGCUUAGUGAAGCCCACAACUUGCUCAUGAGUAAGCGGUCAUGCUUCCCUAAAUUGGAUGCUAUCAAGACUGCAACGGCUGAUAUUCUCACAGGCCUAAAAAAGAAGCCUGUCACUCUAAGAUGGUAUGGUAGCAAAUGUUCCUUGGUAGAAGUCUCUGGGCUUGAUGUUGGAUGGGGUCAGAAAAUACCAUUGGCUUUUGACAAGGCAGAAGCUUCAUGGAUACUGCACCGAGAACUACCGGAAGGACACUAUGAGUACAAGUAUAUUGUCGAUGGUGAGUGGACAGUCAAUAAGUAUGAACCUGUCACUUCUCCGAAUCAAGAUGGUCAUGUGAACAACUACAUCCGAGUCUCCGACAGUAAUCCUAACAGCACUGCCUCAAGAAUUAGAAAGAGGCUAGGUGGUGAUGACCCUGACCUCACAAAGGAUGAAAGGAUUGCAAUCAGAAAGUUUCUUGAAGCCUGCCCAGAUGAGGCAGAAUGA